UUUUCACGUACUUGUCACAGAGGCCCCUCUCUCUCAUCGUCCUCGCUUUGCCGCCGUCGUCGUCCCUAUUUGCCUUAACCGCCGGAAAAUUUGUUGGAGUUUUUGGUGUAAAUUUGGUUGAAAAGAGGGUAUGUGCGGAUGAAUCUUCUUUCUACAUAUUCGUGUGAGGAUAGAUAUGAAUUCCCAAGCAGAAGAAGUAGAGCAAUGGCAAGCUCUUGACCUUGGUGAUUCUGAGCUCCCUUCUUUCCUCCGCCCUUGCAAACGCAAAUCUCCAUCUAGGUCUCUGCCACCGCCUGCGCAGCAGCAGAAUCCAAAGCCCGGUUUUAAUAGUAACACAAAUCAUCAUCAGACUCUUCGACGCUGCUCCUCGUCAGAUCACUUUCUUGAGGACAGUUAUUCCCGCCCCUUAAUUCCAGGACCUGCCGGAGUUGUUCAAGUUGCAAUCCGCAGAAAGAUGAAUAAGGAUCCAAAAUCGUUCAAUGAGCAUGGAGAACCAAUUCCAACUCAAGAGUUCCUACGUAAGGCUGCAGAAGAGCCUGAUUGGGAAGACAAGGAUUUCUCUGAGGACCCGUGGGUCUCUGCUGUUGAUUACAUCAUAAGUGAAGGUUUGUUGACCAAUGGUGGAAAUGCUAUAGGGGCACCAGUAAGCGAGAUUAAGAGCAGAUGUGACAGUUGGGGUAAAGUUGAUCAGGUUGUGGCGAUUGUCAAAACGUGCACUCCAAAUGGUCUAGGUGAUGUCAUGGUGACUCUUAAGGAUCCCACUGGAACAGUUGAUGCCAGUGUGCACAGAAAAGUUAUCUCCGAGAGUGAGUUUGGAAGAGAUAUACGAGUUGGUGCAGUGGUGAUACUUAAGCAGGUUGCAGUCUGCGCACCUUCACGGUCAUCAACCUAUCUUAACAUAACACUGAAGAACAUCGCCAAGGUUAUCACAAAGGAUACUUUAUCGAAGCAGAAUGAUUCUGAAAUGGGUGCCAAAAAUCCUGUUCCUGUGGAUGAAAACGAGGAAGAUUUGCGACGGCCUAAACCCAAAGUGUUUAGCGUGGAGCAAGGAACUACCCAAGGGAUCAUGAACAAUCUUAGACAAAAUGCUAAAAGAAGUAGUGAAGCACUCAAUGAUGUAGAAAUGGUAGAAAUUAAUCCAGCAGAGAGAAGCAACUUCUGUCCAAGAACGGGUGUGACCAAGAAUCAUUGUGAAGGUAGAAUGGAGCAGAAGACCCAGUUGGCAAAACAUGAUUCAAUCAGCCAAACAGAGCAGCAACUGUAUGAAGAUGUAGCUACUGAUACUGAUACAGCUGACGGCAUCAGGCCCGCAAAACAGAUCAGAAGAAGCCCUGAUGAGCAAGAGAGUGUAAUGGGGAACUCUGAUGAAGUUACAACUCAAACUAUGGUCCACAAAACUCAACCGAUGGCAUCAACAAGCUCGCUGCCACAGUGGACGGACGAACAACUUGAAGAACUCUUUGCUUUUGACUAAAAUUGACAGUUUGGAUUUCAUUUGACGUAGGAACAAGUCCACUUUUUCAGAUAGAGAGCAGGGAAAUAGAAUGUAAAGCAGUUACCGAACUUUUACAAAGCCUUAGUGUAAACUUUUACUUUUGGACUUACCAAAUUCAUAGCAUAGCAUCCAUGGUACUUCUAUUCAA